ACGGACCCGGAAUNUUUCAUGCAUUAAUUUUCGUGAUUUUUGCUAUAAGCAGCACUGGUGAAGGGAAGAUAUUGCUUCACAGUGUUGAGGGAGAGGUUAGUGCAGAAAAUUUCACUUACUGGAGUUUAACUUAUAUUGGAAACUUAAUUCUUGCCGUUAAUUCGACAGAAGGGGAUGUUGAUAUAUAUGUAUCUGAAUCACUUAGUAAACCAGGGUAUGAACCCAGUUUAUAUGAUUUGCACUCAGCCACUUGUGGGAUUGACAUUAUUGAAAUACCUAAAAGUUUUAAGAGGCCCAUUGGGGUAGGUCUUUAUGGUCAUUUUUUGCACAAUAUUAGUAAAUAUGUUCUUGAGGUGUAUUUAGAUACUGAAAGGAGAUAUGAAAGGUGGGACCAUGAGGGUCAUCACCAGGGGGUUACAUUCUCUGAAGCUCCAAAAUUGAAAACCCCUGAUAAGCCAGUUGCAGAUAAUAACAGUAACUUAAGAAGUAAAUUAAGAACUGUCAUUGCUAGGUCUGGAUUCUGGGCUUUUUUAGAACUGUUUGAAAUACUGUUGUUUUAGAUAAUGUUUUAAAGAAAUCGUUAGAUAAUUUUUUUAAUGAUCACUGUGAUAAAAACCUUAGGAAAUGACUAAAUAAAUUAAUACAUUACA